AUGGGUUUUACGCCCAAGUCUAAUCACCGCUGUGAAACAUUAAUUAAUCCGGCUGCCAUCGGAGCAGGCAGCGGGAAGGACGGAUCUGGGAGGGCCGCUCAUCCCACUCAUCCCGCUCGUCCCGCUCAUCCCGCUCGUCCCGCAGGCGUUUGCGGCUGCUGUGGCGCCCUGCGGCCCCGCUACAAGAGGCUCGUGGACAACAUCUUCCCCGAGGACCCGGAGGAUGGCCUGGUGAAGACCAACAUGGAGAAGCUGACCUUCUAUGCCCUGUCUGCCCCGGAGAAGCUGGAUCGCAUCGGCGCCUACCUCUCGGAGCGCCUCAUCCGGGACGUGAGCCGGCACCGCUACGGGUAAGGCCACAUCCCGCCCUGCUCCCUGCUGGCGGCGCGGCGCCGCCCCGUGCUGGCCUGCCACUGCCAGAGCAUCAACCUCUUCGUGGAGAGUUUCCUCAAGAUGGUGGCCAAGCUGCUCGAGUCCGAGAAGCCCAACCUGCAGAUCCUGGGAACCAACUCGUUUGUGAAGUUUGCCAACAUCGAGGAGGACACGCCGUCCUACCACCGCAGCUACGACUUCUUCGUGUCCCGCUUCAGCGAGAUGUGCCACUCCAGCCACGACGACCCGGACGUCCGCACCAAAAUCCGGAUGUCUGGCAUCAAAGGCCUGCAAGGAGUGGUGAGGAAGACGGUGAACGACGAGCUCCAAGCCAACAUCUGGGACCCGCAGCACAUGGACAAGAUCGUUCCCUCGCUGCUCUUCAACCUGCAGCACGCUGAGGAGGCCGAGAGCCGCUCGCCCUCGCCGCUGCAAGCCUCCGAGAAGGAGAAGGAGAGUCCCACGGAGCUGGCCGAGCGCUGCCUGCGGGAGCUGCUGGGCCGGGCGGCCUAUGGCAACAUCAAGAACGCCAUCAAGCCCGUCCUCAUCCACCUGGAUAACCACACGCUGUGGGAGCCCAAGGUCUUCGCCAUCCGCUGCUUCAAGAUCAUCAUGUACUCGAUCCAGGUGGGCGGCCGGCAGGUUAAUGGGCCCCCCAGCCUGUCCCCAAAGCCCCCAGACCCUCAGCAGUGGAUCUGCUCAGGGGCUGCUUCCAAGCGAUGGCGCACUGCCCCUCUCCCCGGCUCUCGCGUUGUCUUUCUAAUCCCGGCUUUGAAGCAUCCGAAGGAAAGGGCAGCGGGGAGCGAGGAGCAGCUCCGGCCGCUGCCCGUGGGCUCUCGCCCCGCAGGCUCCUUCGCCAGCACGCUGCCCACCUACCAGCGCUCCGAGGUGAUGCUCUUCAUCAUGAGCAAGGUGCCGCUGCCCUCGCUGCACCAGGCCAUCGAGGCCGGCAAAGCCGGUGAGAACCGGAAUCGCCUGACGCAGAUCAUGCUCCUGAAGUCCCUCCUCCAGGUCUCCUUGGGCUUCCAGUGCAGCAACAUGCUCACGGCGCUUCCCAGCUCCUUCCUGGACAGGCUGCUCUCUUGCCCUCCUGGCAGGCUGCUCCCUGCUGCCCUCAUGGAGGAUGCCGAGAUCCGCCUCUUCGUCCUCGAGAUCCUCAUCAGCUUCAUCGACCGCCACGGGAACCGCCACAAGUUCUCCACCAUCAGCACCAUCAGCGACAUCUCCGUGCUGAAGCUGAAGGUGGACAAGUGCUCGCGCCAGGACACCGUCUUCAUGAAGAAGAGGAAGAGCAUCGGCGAGACCAUCUCCCUGCAGGUCGAGGUGGAGUCGAGGAACAGCCCCGAGCGUGAGGAG